AUGGGCGCGCAAUGCGUAACAGGCGCUGCCGGUCAUCCGGGAAGACCGCCCAAGCAGCGUCACGCCGUUGCCUCGCCCCGAGCCCAUCGCGCGUCGAAGUCACAGGACGCGAACCACGACAACGCCCAUACAGCCGGGAUGUCGAAGCAGCCCGCGCCUACAAAAGCAUACGAUCCCGCCGAGCACCUCCCUUCGCAAAGAGACCCUGCCGCUCAUGAGCCAUUACCAGAUUUCUGGGGUGCGACGGGCGAUAUUUCCGCCUUCUUCGACUCCUAUCCAUCUUCAAUGGAUCAAAGUCCCGCGUCGGGUGAGGACAGCGUCUACCUAGCAGAUCAGCUUGGCGCUCCAUCACAACUCCAGGGACUCCCAGGUGCAGACGACGAAUUCGACAUCUUGCUCCACAUGGGCGCGACCUCUAACACCGCUCUCGAUAUGAAUAUCGACCCGCUCCUCAAUUUUGGGGAGGAGAUUAUGCCGCCAACACCACUACCACAGAUUUCCAGUCCGGCAAGCUCUCUAGUAAUGUUCCGUGAGGAAAUAGACCACCGCAUUACGACUAUUGACGCAUACUAUUCAAACGCCGCUAAAGUCCAACAGCGUUGCAAAGAUGAUGCUGUGGGGGGAGAUGUCGAAAAUCCAGCAGCUCUACUUCUGACAUGCACCAAAGAGUUCACCGGGAUAAUUCAAAGCCUGACACCGACUGUUCAAUUGUACACGCAGACCGAGGAUACACUCAACACGGAAACUCUGCUUCUGGUCCUGUCAAGUUACCUUGCGUUGAUGAGGCUCUUCGACUCACUUUUCCAGCGCAUACACAAAUACCUCUGCCACGUGUCGCCGGAAUCGUAUAGAUCCAUCAAAGUCAAAUCAGUACUCCGCAUUGGUGGUGUCUCCGCACUUCAAGACAUGCCCCUCAAGGCGUAUGCCACAGGCAUCUUGGACGCUAUUCAGUGCCAGGUGCAGACACUAGAGUGUCGCAUGGGCAUUCCAGCCGAGUACUGCCUCUCGGGCGAGGCAGCCUUCUCAUCUAGUGCGGGCGCCUCGGGAAUAUUUUCCAGUCCAUCCCGACUCCGAUUGUUUUGGGCCGUUAUGGCACAGGAGGAUGUCAAAUCACUGCAUGGUAGCAAGUCGUACGUAGAGUCGAUCCGAGCUAGUAUCAAGGAGUCAAUGUCAUUCCUUGAUGACUAG